GGUGUUUUCUGUGUAGCUGACGAUACACAUUAUUUUUUGUUUUCCUCCUUCUAGCAACAGAUGAAGAAAGGGAACAAGAAUCAAAUGGGAAAGGAAGAUGCGGAGACUUUGUUGUUGAGACGGAAGGCGUUUCGAAACGUGAAGGUAAGGCACAGAAGUUAGAAAACACACACACACACACGCUUACUCACCCACUCACUCACUCACACACACAAAGCGCUGCGUAGAAACACAAAACAAAGCAAAGGCAAUUCAAUUUAGUACUUGUUUUCUCGUCUUUUUUCUUCUUCUAUUAAUUUAUUUGUAUUUUUGAUUUCUCCGCAUCGAAGCGAGAAACGCUCCCCGAGCUCCCCCGAAUGGGGGAUUGAGAAAAAAACGAAGAGAGACGGAGAAUAUACGCGUGAAGAAGAAGAGGAGGAGCGCCGUACUUGGCGGUUCACACACGUUUGAAGUCAUUGUUCCUCGCCUCUUUCAUAUAAAUGAAAGCAAUGAAGAGAUGGGAAACGCGGAAUGGAAUCUGAAUCAAACAUGUGUCUAGAUGAGCAUGCCCGAUCAACUUCCCUCAUCUCACAAGUGUAUUAUUACCUUAUUAUUAUUAUUAUUAAUACGAAAGUGUCGUUCGAUCACUGCUGUUGAACGGUUUCCGCUCUCGCGACAGCCGGCAAGCCCUGCAGGCGCCGCCGCACAAGUACUUCUCUUCUCUCCCUCUCUUUCGCUUCGACAUCGUUUCCCCCGCUGCGAGACGCAUUGGCGUAUCGCACCGCACGCCGCUUUUUGCGUUCUCCGCUUUCCCGAAAUCCUUCAGCACAGCCGCACACACACACACACACACACACACACGCACAACCUCCCUCGUGAAGUCUCCCUUAGCCACAACAAGAGAAAAAGGAAAAGAAAAGAAAAGGAAAUAAAAAAAUGGCCACCCUCUACAAAGACUACAGCAAGGACACCAAGGACCUGCUGACCAAGAACUUCAGCGCCGCCGGCGACUGGAAGAUUGAGAACAAGGCGAAGGCCACCAAAGGCAACUACGCCGUCGGCACCGCCUCGAACGCGCGUGGUGAUGUCACCGUCGAUGUGGAGGGCCUCACGGCAGACGGCGCCUGCUAUGGCAAGCUGAGCCUCACGCCAAAGGAGCUGCACGACAUCAAGGCGUCGCUGCGGGCCGAGAACUAUCGGGGCAACAAGGUGGAGGCCAUCCUUACAAAGAAGGGAGCGUCGCUCAAGGACUUCUCUUUUGAGGUGAACCACGAGACGCUGCAGCCCCUGGCGAACGGCCGGCUGCGCGUGAAUGACAAGGUGACAGACAAGGCGGUUGAAUUGGGUCUGAGCAUCGCCGCGGUCGACGGCGUGCAGCUGGGCUGCGGUGCGACCUACAACUUCAAAGCACAGACCUGCAACUGGUCGGCUGCCUGCCGCGCCGCCGCUAACAAGAGCACCACCGUGACGUUGCAGACGGAGGCGCUGCGGAACGUGGAGGCGCGUGUGCUGACGACGGCGGCCCUGCACCCGCGUUUUCAGCCGCGUGUAGCGGCGAAUGUAUCGUAUGACGUGUCGUCGAAGGUGUGGGACGGCGCGCUCGGUGCCGAGUGGGGCUGCAGCGUAAUUGCCGGCAACACGUCGAAGGCGCGCGUGAACAGGAAGCUGGAGUGGAUGGUGUCCUACGUGGCGGCGCUGCAGGGUGGGUGGACGCUGACGCUGUCCUUGGAUAAGCAGAUGAAGGCCGGCGUGUCGCUGGUCCGCAACUAG